AUGGCAAACUAUUUGUGGAGGGAGUCGCUGGAAGGGAUGACGUGGGUUGCGGCGGGUGAUCUGGGCCCCUGUCAGGUGGUUUCUUCGUACAGCGGUACUAAAACGCCCGCCGACCACCGCCACCUCGGUGUCCAGCAGGAGCUCUUCACCACCUCCAUAUAUAGCCCAGGCUCGCCCAUCUUCCUCCCUGCCGGCGCGCGCAUCUUCAACCGGCUGGUCGAGUACCUGCGCCGGAAAUAUGUCAAAUAUGGCUUCCAGGAGGUCAUCACCCCGACCAUCUACAAAAAGGCGCUGUGGGCCAAGUCAGGCCACCUGGAGAACUAUGCAGAGGAUAUGUUCACCGUGACGAGCACAUCCCCGUCGAGACGGGACCCGCCACUCGCGGAAGAAGGCAACGAGUACGGCCUGAAGCCAAUGAACUGCCCCGGCCACUGUCUGAUCUUUGGCGCGCACCGCCACUCGUACCGCGACCUGCCCAUCCGCUACGCCGACUUCUCGCCCCUCCACCGCAACGAGAUCUCAGGCGCCCUGAGCGGCCUCACGCGCGUGCGCAGGUUCCACCAGGACGACGGCCACAUCUUCUGCCGCCCCGCCCAGAUCGAGGAGGAGAUCAGGCGCACCCUCGACUUCGUCAAGGAGGCCUACGAGACCUUCCGCCUCGGGCCCUACCGCCUCGUGCUCUCCACCCGGCCCGACGACCACUACAUCGGCACCACCGACGAGUGGGACCAGGCCGAGGCCGCCCUGCGGAGCGCCCUUGACCGGACCGGCCAGCCGUGGACCCUCAGCGCCGGCGACGGCGCCUUCUACGGCCCCAAGAUCGACAUCAUCCUCCGGGACUCGGACGGCAAGGAGCACCAGACCGCCACCGUCCAGCUCGACUUCCAGCUGCCCAAGCGCUUCGGCCUGGAGUACGAGGCGCCCGCGCCGGAGCUCGAGCAGAGAGGGCUGAGCACCACCGACCCGGAGCUGCUGGCCUCUGUGGGCCGCGUCCGCCCCGUCAUGAUCCACCGCGCCGUGCUGGGGUCGGUCGAGAGGCUCAUGGCCCUGCUCAUCGAGCACUACGACGGCAAGUGGCCCUUCUGGCUGAACCCGAAGCAGGUCGUUGUCAUUACGGUCAACGACACCGAGCCUGUGAGGAAGCUCGCGCUGGAGACGCGGCACGUGCUGCUGGGCACGGUGGGCGGCGGCAGCAGUGGCGGCGGUGGCCGGGAGAGCCACCCGUCGCAGCUGGCCGUGGAUGUCGACGACAGCGCGAGGAGCGUGGGGCUCAAAGUCCGGGAGGCAAAGCAAAAGGGCUACGGCGUUAUUGUUGUCGUUGGCCCCAAGAAUGUGGAGAGCCAGAGUGUCGACGUCAACGUCUCCGGGAUCCCAACGCUCAGAGACCAAAAGAAAGACGUGCGCAUGAGCCCGACGGAGCUGCUCCAGUUCUUGAGAGAGCAACUUGAUAGAUAUCAAUAGAAGAGAAAGGGCGUGGGAAAAUGUACAGUGAUACCCUGAG